AUGGCUAUUCAAGGGGCAGAGCAGACCAUCCUGAGGGAUCCGGCGCUAUUCUAUUGGAUUCUGUUUCCAAUUUCGAUUGUUAUGAUUCUGACCGGAAUCCUCCGCCACUAUGCGACAGUCAUGAUGAACAAUCCGCCAAAGUCAGCAGCCACACUCGCCGAGUCCCGCGAGCGCCUUGCUCUCCUCCGCGGCGUAAACCUCCGAAACAACGCCUGCUCCGUGCUCGACCGCGAGGCCUUCGAGGUUCGCAAGAACUACAUGGUCACGGGAUUCCGCAGCGGCGCAUUUUUGAAGGACCCCAACAACCGGGGCCAGCCGCCCGCUAACCCCAUGACUGAUCCUGCAGGCAUGGAGGCUAUGAUGGGCAUGCUGAAGGGAAACAUGAUGAUGAUGAUCCCGCAGACUUUGAUCAUGAGUUGGAUUAAUGCCUUCUUCUCUGGAUUCGUGAUCUUGAAAUUGCCCUUCCCUCUUACAAUUCGUUUCAAGUCCAUGCUGCAGUCUGGUGUCAUGACCCGUGAUCUGGAUGUGCAAUGGGUCUCCAGUCUUUCUUGGUACUUCCUCAACUUGAUGGGUCUGCAGUCCGUUUUUGGAUUCAUUCUCGGCAGUGAUAACGCUGCCAACCAAAUGGCCCAGCAAAUGGGUAUGGCCAACCCCGCCGCAAUGGUCAACCCAUUGCAACCCGGUCAAGAUCCCGACAAGCUAUACUUGAGCGAGGCAGAGAACCUGGAAGUGAUGGAGCACUUCUGCAUUUUGGACGGCGUGGAGGAACGAAUUUUGCAGAACUUUGCUCCUGCUGGAAUCUAA